AUGCACCUCGAAGUUGCUGGCGACCUGUCUACGGCUAGUUUCCUCUCUGCCUUACGCAGGUUCAUCGGCUACCGUGGAAUACCGUCCGAAAUGCAUUCGGACAAUGCCAAAAACUUUUCUGGGGCCCGCAAUGAAUUGAAAGCACUAUACGAUAUGCUGAACAAGCCGCUCAGUUACUCUGUCAUCAGCAAGGAACUCUCUCAACAGGGCAUAAAAUGGCAGUUCAUUCCCCCGCGCGCUCCCAACUUUGGAGGAUUAUGGGAGGCCGCAGUGCGCUCCGUAAAAACUGCUCUGAAAAAAGUAGUCGGUCUGCAUAAAUUGUCUUACGAAGACUUCACCACACUGUUGGUGCAAAUCACCGUUACACUGAACUCCAGACCUCUGUCGCCUCUAUCCGAUGACCCCACUGAAUUCGAAGCCCUUACCCCCGCUCAUUUCUUAAUUGGUUCAGUCAUGAAAGCUCUUCCUGAGUCCAAUCUGACGAACAUUCCCACAAACCGUCUUGACCACUACAAGCAAACCCAGCACAUGUUCUAG